UUCACCCUGAAUUGGUCGUAACAGCAGUUGUCUCUGCCUUAUUCACCUGCAGAUCGUAAGUGUGUAUUCAUUCAGGACAAACUCCAAUUAAAUCCUUAAGAAUUGCUGCAACUUCCAGGUGCAAUCUUGGACUUUAGUGACUUCAGUGACCUUGUGAGUGUUCUUACUUUGUGAAAAAGUGCUUGUCUCCAUGAUGGCCAUGGAUUCUUACCAGAACGGUGCCGUGACUGACACCGAAUUCCAACGAUUGGCUCAAACCAUCGGGACCAACAUUCAAAAGAUCUUGCAAAAUGUGUCCUCCAUUCAAAGGAUGAUUGCUCAGAUUGGCACCCCUCAAGACAAUCAACAAUUUCAACAACAGCUACAUCAGAUCCAACAUUACACUGGUCAGUUGGCCAAGGACACGUCCAAGCAUUUGAAGGAUCUGAACAACUUCAGCGGUGAACAACGUCAGUGGCGGCUCCAGAAAGAGCGGCUCCAUAAUGACUUCACCAAAGCCUUGAACAGCUUCCAAGCUGCUCAAAGGACGGCCGCUCAACGAGAGAAGGAAGUCAUCAAGAGGGCAAAGGCCGCCAGUGGCAUCAAUGCUCUGGCUGCGCCUGGCGCCCAAGGAAAUCUGAUUGACGUGGAAGAAGGCUCCUUGGGAAAUGACACUACCAUGGGUCAGAGCAAGACUCAAAUGCUCUUGGAGGAAGAGGCCAACAUUGAGCAACUGCAAGAAAGAGAAAAGUCGAUCCGCCAAUUGGAGUCGGAUAUCGUGGACGUGAACACCAUCUUCAAGGAUUUAGCCACCAUGGUCCACGAGCAAGGAGAAAUGGUCGAUUCGAUUGAGGCUAACGUUGAAUCCACCUCGGUCCGUGUCCACGAGGGGACUGAACAACUCCGACAAGCCGAAACUUACAAAAAUAAGACUCGCAAGAAGAAGCUGAUUUUGGCCAUUAUUGGAGUGAUUAUUUUGAUCAUUGUCAUUGCUGUCAUCUGGUCGUCUCUAUCUUGAGAACCAAAGCCGGCGUCGAAAGUACUACCUAAUUUGUGGACUCUUGGCUCUAUUUGCAUUCUUUUGUUUCAUCAUUUGGCUUGGUUUUUGAAAAUUGACUGAUUGUCCUCCAUCACCUCCACCAAUCUGACCCUCCUGGAUAUCUAUGACUUUGAUGAUCUUCAAGUUCGUUUCCUGCAUUUCUCACUUUUCCUUUCUUGUCAAGCUUAUAAUAAUAGCCUUAACAUUAUCCCUUUUUGGUCGACUUAUAACACUUUCCAGACAUAAAACUAUUCCAUCAGGGUAAAACCCUUGAAAUUUAUUACCGCUCCACCUUCAAUGAGAUCACUGCGAAUGAGGAAAUUCCAGCCAAUGUCACAUAACGUAUUGAUGAUUGAGAAUAAAUCUGCGUAGUUUUUUGUAAGAA